CGACUAUUGUUAACGUCAGAAGGGUCAGUAUUGGCCCCAAACAUAUCACUAUCGCCUGGGACGUCCCACGGAGCAUCAAGAACUCUAUUCUAAAGUUUGAGGUCAAGUAUUACCCGAGAUCGCACGGUCAGAACGAGAUCCGCGAGUACACCAACAUCCAGAACUUGACCAUCACUGAGUUUAUGCUGGACACGGAGUAUGAGUUCCAGGUGCGGUGUGAAACCAGUUCCGGUUGGGGGGAGUAUAGUGAACCGCUGGUGGUUCAGACUGGGCAGAAAGAAGCCGCCAGCACCCCAAUAGGCAUCAUAGCUGGUUCCAUCGUGGCAGUCAUCCUCUGUAUGGCUAUUGCUACGAUCAUGAUCAUAAUUUUACUGAGAAGGAACAGACCCAGCUGCAACGAGAAGAAAGACUGUGAUAUAUAUAGCCAUGUCACACAGUACCCUCCACUGGAGCACCAUAUAAACGGGGUUUACGGGGGCUUGACGAUGCCCCUGUUCCCUUCGCCAGGCUCCGUCCAUAGUUCUGUGAGAACUUACAUCGACCCUCAUACCUACGAAGAUCCGAACCAGGCAGUCCGGGAAUUUACCCGGGAGAUUGAUGCUUGUCAUAUCACUAUAGAGUCUGUCAUUGGAGGGGGUGAGUUUGGUGAUGUCUGCAAAGGCAAGCUUAGGAUGCCAGGACGGCUAGAGAUGACCGUGGCCAUUAAGACGUUGAAACCGGGAGCCACCGAGAAGAAUCGGCUGGACUUCCUGACCGAGGCCAGCAUCAUGGGUCAGUUUGAUGACCCUAACGUCAUCUUCUUGGAGGGAGUGGUCACCAAAAGCAACCCCAUCAUGAUAGUCACAGAAUACAUGGCCAAUGGUUCGUUAGAUACAUUUUUACGGAACAAUGAUGGUAAAUUUACCAUCAUCCAGCUCGUUGGCAUGAUGAGGGGAGUUGCCUCGGGGAUGAAAUAUCUCUCCGAGAUGGGAUUUGUACAUAGAGAUUUAGCAGCUCGUAAUAUAUUAGUCAAUGAAAACCUCGUAUGCAAAGUCGCUGACUUUGGUCUUUCGCGAGAAAUCGAGUCGGACACCACAGACGGUGCCUACACGACCACGGGGGGCAAGAUUCCGGUGAGAUGGACGGCCCCGGAAGCUAUUGCGUUCCGCAAGUUUACAUCCUCCUCUGAUGUAUGGAGUUAUGGUGUUUUAAUGUGGGAGAUUGUUUCCUACGGGGAGAGGCCCUAUUAUAACUGGUCCAAUCAGGACGUUAUCAAGGCUGUGGAGAAAGGGUACAGGUUACCACCACCUAUGGAUUGCCCAGAAGCCAUCCAUCAGCUAAUGUUAGACUGCUGGCAGAAAGAGAGGUCUCACAGGCCCAAGCUGGGGCAGAUCGUCAAAACUCUGGACAAACUCAUCCGAGCUCCAGAACUCCUCCGCAAACAAGCCAAGCCUAGACCGCACAACUUCAUUGACCCCAGUGCUCCGGACAUGACCUCCUUGUCGAGUGUCGAGGACUGGCUGGUGUCAAUCAAAAUGGAAAGAUACAUGAGUUUGUUUCUCUCGGCGGGCCUUAGCACCAUGGAUCAGGUGCGGCACUUAACAGUCCGCGAUCUCUUGAACAUGGGGAUCAGUCUCGUCGGACACCAGAAGAAAAUCAUGAACAGCAUACAGACAUUCCGAGCUCAAACAGGAGACAGUAUACAGCAACACAUGAGCCAGGCAGCCUUGGUGUAG